AUGGAUUUGGAUCUGCACCAGAGCUUAUGGCCGAGGGCCGAAGAGUCGGGGACUGACAAGUUUCUCUCGCUGAUCUCCAAUCCCUUCUACUCCCAGUUCCAAGUCAGCGCUAUUUGGGCCUCGCUAGGCACCUCCAUCGGCAUUUCCGUCCUCCUCGCCUUACUCUUCUCCCUCUUCCGACCCCGUCACAACGUCGUUUAUGCACCCAAAGUCAAGCAUGCCGACCGCAAACACGCUCCGCCCCCGGUGGGUAAGGGCUUUUUCUCCUGGGUCAAGCCCGUGAUCAAUACCCGCGAACCGCAACUCAUCGAGACUGUCGGACUGGACGCUGCCAUCUUCCUGCGCUUCACCAAGAUGUGUCGCAACAUCUUCAUCUUCAUCAGCAUCAUUGGAUUGCUGAUCUUAGUCCCCGUCAACAUCUCGCAGAGUAAAGUCCAGCAAUCUUUCACAGUGACGGCGUUGAGCAAGAUGACUCCGCUCUAUGUAUCAAAUCCAACCGCGAUCUGGAGCCAAGUCGUGUGCGCCUACUGCUUCGAUAUCAUUCUUGCAUUUUUCUUGUGGAGGAAUUACAAGGCUGUGAGGGAUCUCCGACGACAGUACUUUCAGAGCUCCGAGUAUCAGCGGAGUCUGCACGCGCGAACCCUGAUGGUGACCGAUAUUCCUCCUGCGGAUCGUACCGACGAAGGCAUUUUGCGCAUCACCGAUGAAGUCAAUCCCACGGCUGCCCUGCCUCGGGCUGCGAUUGGCCGUAAUGUGCGUGACUUGCCCGUCAUCAUCAAAGAGCACGAGGAACAUGUCCGGGAAUUGGAAUCUGUGCUCGCCAAGUACCUCAAGCGGCCGGACCAGUUGCCUGCGAAGCGGCCCACCAUGCGCCCGCCUAAAAGCCAGCGGAGAAAGCAUCCCAAUGGCAAAGUAGAUGCGAUUGACUACCUGACAGUGCGCAUCCGCGUUCUAGAGGAAGAAAUCAAGCACGGUCGUGCCUCUAUCGACCGCCGUAAUGCGAUGCCAUAUGGUUUUGCUAGUUGGGAGAACAUCGAGCACGCGCACGCUGUGGCCUGGACUGCCCGAAAGAAGCAUCCCAAGGGCACCACCAUUGCUCUCGCACCUCGACCGAGUGAUCUGAUUUGGGAGAACUUGCCCUUGUCCAAGAAGGCGCGCAAGUGGAAGCGUUUCCUCAAUGUGAUUUGGGUCACUGCACUGACUCUGGUGUGGAUUGUUCCCAACGCCCUUAUUGCGGUUUUCUUGUCAAACUUGAACAAUCUGGGCGCCGUUUGGCCAAAAUUCCAAACUUCGCUCUCGGCUGAUCCCAAGGUUUGGGCUGCGGUCCAGGGUAUUGCCUCUCCUGCGAUUACUUCACUGGUCUACCUGGUGUUGCCUAUUAUCUUCCGACGCCUUUCCAUCCAAAGUGGAAGCAAGACCAAGACUUCCCGCGAGCGACACGUCUUGGGCCAGUUGUAUGCGUUCUUCGUGUUCAAUAAUUUGGUCGUUUUCUCGUUGUUCUCUGCUGCUUGGGCUUUUGUUUCCGCCGUGAUUGACAAGACGAACACCGACGAGGGCGCUUGGCAGGCUAUUGUUGACAGUAAUCUGUACUACAAGUUGAUGAGUGCUUUGUGCACUGUCUCGCCCUUCUGGGUGACUUAUAUCCUGCAGCGCAAUCUGGGAGCCACCAUCGAUCUUGUCCAGAUGAUCAGUUUGGCCUGGGUUUGGUUUGCUAAGACAUUCCUUGCACCCACGCCUCGUCAAUCGAUUGAGUGGACUGCUCCGCCGUCGUUCGACUACGCCAGCUACUACAAUUACUUCCUCUUCUACGCAACCGUUGCAUUGUGCUUCGCCACCCUUCAGCCCAUCGUGCUACCCGUGACUGCGCUCUACUUUGGUGUCGAUGCCAUGCUGAAGAAGUACUUGUUGAUGUACGUGUUCGUGACCAAGAACGAGUCCGCAGGAGCCUUUUGGCGCGCUCUAUUCAAUCGACUUGUCUUUGCAAGCAUUCUCGCCAAUGUCAUCGUCGCACUCGUCGCAAAGGUCCAGGGUACCUGGACAAUGGUGUACUGCAUCAUCCCCUUGCCAUUGUUGAUGCUAGGCUUCAAGUUCUACUGCAUGAAGACCUUCGAUGACGAUAUCAUGUACUACAACCGCGCCAACCUCACCGACGCCGAGGCCAUCGGCGGAGGAGCAAAGCUAAGCAAAAAGGCCGCCGAUCGCCUGAAUUCCAAAUUCGGCCACCCAGCCCUCUACAAACCCCUCAUGACUCCCAUGGUCCACGCCAAGGCCGCCGAAGCCCUGAAAGAAAUCUACCAGGGCCGCCUAGACCAGGGCGACAUGAACAACGAAUACUCCGACAUAGCCAUGAACCCCAUGCUCCCCUCCCAACCCGGCAAAGCCGCCGAGCCCGCUCCCUUCGAAGUCGUCCCAGAAGCACACCUGGACUUCUCCUACUUCAAGGACCGCGCCGACUUCCGCGACGAAUUCGGCGGCGGCAUCUACGGUCGACCGGAGGAUUUGAUGACGGAGCGCUCGCAGACACCACGCAGCAUGCUCGGCGGCGAAUGGUCACCUUCUUCAUCGCGCGCUUCCUCACCCGCUCCGUCUUUGCCUUCUUUGCCGGGAUUGAAGGUAAAUGAGGGAUACCAAGACCCAGAGCAAGCGCAUAUCCACCCUGCAUUCCGCGUCCCGCUUUCAAGGGGGGAUAGCGGGAAUGGAGCUUAUCAGUCUGAUGAGCUUGAGAAUCGACUUCUCAGUCAUGCACAGACGCCGGGACAGGUGGACACGAAUCCGUUGGACCGCUGGCGAACGGGCGGAUAUGGUCCUGUUCAUCAGGACGAUGAUCCGUAUCAGACUUCGUACGAAUCGUAUCGGGGAGGGCGGUAG